AGGACUUUGCCCCAAAACGUCGGAGGCUCAAUGAGGUCAUGAUCUUCAACCCGCACUACGCUGUGUUUAGUAUGGACCCCGGCAAACCUGAGGUUUAUUCUGGCGUUUGUUUAGACAAUGAUCCCCGAUUUUGUGCAGAGGACCCCGAUGGUGCUGGAGACGUGACAGGGACAGAUGUGCUCAUGGAAGAUGUGCGGCAACUGUGCAUCCACCAGAAGUACAAGGUCGCCCAGAGACCAAUGGACUUGACCCCCACGACGGGGCUCCAGGGCCUUGUGAGCGCGGGAACGGUGGAGUAUGCUGCAAAAUACUGGGACUACAUGGAAAAGUUCCUGGACAGGUGUCCACUCUCUGGUACCGGGAGCGAUCGCUUUGGGGAGGAUUGCUCUGAGAAGGUUAUGAAGGAGGUUGGCAUCGAUUCCAAAGAGAUACAAAAAUGUGUGUUGCAUCAGAAAGAUUCGCUAUUGCAACACGAGUUGGAGAACCCUGCUUGGUCUCCUAGGGCCAUCCGAAUCAAUGGCUGGCGUUAUAGUGGAAUGCUCGAAGCCGACCUUGUGGCCCGUGCAGUUUGUUCAGGUUUCAUCCAUGUGCCCAUUGAAUGCAACACCCUCUUUCAUGAGCGGGACGUCUUCAAGCCAUACGUCGUACAGCAGGCUGGCGUUAGCCUUGGUGAACUCCUUCUGUGGCUUUUGGCCACCAUUGCGCUGGGAUUUGUUUGCAUGUCCUUGUACAAGCGGUACUUGAAGAAAGAGAUGCGGACAACACUUCGAGAAGAGGUGAUGUUAGAAGUGCAGGCACAGAUGGGCGAGUACGCGCAGCUUCGGGGUGCAUAAUGCCGUGCGGCGAUGCAGUAAACCCCCCGCAAAACGAACCCGAGCCAAGCCUAGCGCAUAGCCUAGCUGCGACGUGUGGGCGUGUGAGCAGCGUCUGCUGCGGAGCCACCAGACCGGCCCACCGGCCUGGGCUUCGGCCCCGUGGCGUCGUCCAAAAA